GGCGCUGUGCGGACUCACACGGCACAUCACACAUUCUCAACAGUAAUCUUUCCUGACGCUGUCUGCUCUAACGGGACAACUUUAACCCUGUGGAUAUUUGUUUUUACGCACGGCUACUUUUCCGCCUCCAUCUCGACUUUGGAGACCGGAAACGUGCCGCUGCUGAAACCAUGACAAUAAGGAUGCAGGGAGGAGGCUGCUACCUAAAGUGCAGCCCUUGCUAGACUGCAUCUCACUCAAGACCCCACCUCCCUCACCCUUCACUGCUCUGGGACAUCCACACCCCGACCCCCCACAUGGCCAACCAUCUGGAGCUGAUCCAGGAACUUCAGCAGCUGGACAAGGUGCCCAGUCUGGAGAGGCUCAGGGCUGCUCAGAAGAGGAGGACUCAGCAGCUGAAGCGAUGGGCGGUGUACGAGAAGGAGAUGCAGAACAAGAAGAAGAAGGCUGACAGGAAGGGCCGCUGCAUCAAUAACAACCAGCAGGAGUCCAAGAGGCACGUGUCAUUUGCUGCUAAUGUGGCACUACUGGAAGCAUCAGCCCGGAAUGAUCCAGACGAAGUGCGGUACCUGCUGAGGAACAACGUGAGCCCCGAUCUGUGCAAUGAAGACGGCCUCACAGCUCUGCACCAGUGCUGUAUAGAUAACUAUGAGGAGAUGGUGAAGAUCCUUCUGGACCGAGGAGCCAGUGUGAACGCUCAGGACAAUGAGCUGUGGACUCCCCUGCACGCUGCUGCCACCUGUGGCCACGCCGGUCUCGUCAAGAUACUCAUCGCACACGGUGCCGACCUCCUGGCAGUUAACUCGGAUGGGAACAUGCCCUAUGACCUUUGUGAGGACGACCCUACAUUGGACAUCAUCGAGACAGCUAUGGCCAACAGAGGCAUCACGCAGGAGAUGAUCAACGAGACGCGAGCCUCGACGGAGCGGAGUAUGCUGGGAGAUAUUCAGGAGCUGAUGAGGCAGGGAGAGGAGGUCAACCAGCAGGACUCUCAAGGCGCCACUCUGCUCCACAUUGCUGCAGCGAAUGGCUACGUGCAGGCUGCAGAGUUACUUCUGGAGGGGGGAGCCCGCAUGGACCUCAGGGACUCCGACGGGUGGCAGCCCCUCCAUGCAGCGGCGUGCUGGGGUCAGAUGCAUGUGGCAGAGCUGUUGGUGUCACAUGGAGCCAGUCUCAAUGCCAAGACGUUCCUCGAGGAGACCCCCAUCGAUUUGUGUGAAGAUGAGGAGUUCAGAAAUAUCUUAUUGGACCUUAAACACAAACAUGACAUCAUCAUGAAGUCUCAACUCAAGCACAAGACCUCACUGUGCAGGAGGACCUCCAGUGCAGGCAGUCGUGGUAAAGUGGUGAGGAGGGCCAGUCUGUCUGAUAGACACAACCUGUGCCGUAAAGAGUAUGAGACAGAGGCCAUAGUGUGGAGAGGAGGAAGAGAGGAGCAGGACGAAAGAGAGAGAGACACAGACCAGGAGAACAGCCAAGUACUCAAUGUGAAGCCGGUGAUCGAGCUGCCGGACAAACCCAAACUGCCCGCCAUCCUCAAAGAGAGUCGACCGAAUGGGCUCAUCUCCACCACCACAUCCAUGCCCCCCCAGUCCCCCUCCAACGGCAAUGCCCCCCCUUCAGACAAGACCUCCCUCCUGUCCACGCCCACUCAGGAAGAGACCUGGCCGCGGGACCGCCCCCAAACUCUGUCAGAGCUGAAACGGCAAAGGGCAGCAGCCAAACUGUUAAACCACCCUUUGUUCAACGGUCACCUAGGCAACGGCUCCACAGACUCUUUCUCAGACAUCAAAAACAAUUCAGACGACCCCCGCAUGCCGCUGGUCUCAUCCAAUGGCAGCGCAGUUUACUACACUCCUGCCAGUGGGGAUCCGCCCCUUCUGAAACUUAAGCAGCCGCUAGAAGAAGAGGCACCCAAGCCUCGGACCUGCUGCUGUGUGUCGUAGCACCCUGGUCAUGUGAUCGCUGAUGUCACUAAAAGUAUUUGGAGUUAGGAAAAGACAGUAUUUCCCCCUCACACCUCCUCCACUGCACAGGAGUACUCUGCUCGCUACUGAAAAUGCAAACUCGCCAUAUGAACAAGUGAUAAAUGUUAAAAAGACAAAAUAAAUAAAACACUUUCUGGAGAAAUACAGAGAGACAGAGGAGUGCUUAUGUGUAAUUUACAUGAAAGGUCACGCUAAUCUGAUGGAAAGAGAAUCUGCCUGUAGCUACUCAGUAAGAUUUAGGAGAUUCAAGUCAAGAAUUGAAGUCUAUGAAGUAACUCCAGGUACUGCAUGUUCUGGCGCAAAUGGGAGCACUUUUGUGUCUCCGCAGAGGCUAUUAUAUGAGACAGGACAUUCAGGUGAGCACAACUGUCACAUGCCUUUUAGACCGAACUCAUCUUCGUCAUGGUCACGCUGACUGGUCAAACUGAAAAGCCUUUUAUAAUUUAUGUUACAUGUAGAGACCAGCAAAAUCUAUUGGAAGGCAUUACAUGACAUAACAAAGGGUCAACGUUUAUGCUGAACAAUGACAAACUUAUUCCAUUUUGCAAUUAGUCUGUUUUCAGAAAUAUUUCAAAUUUUUCAAGUUAUCUUUUUAUUGAGUAAAAUAAGACUAUUUAAACCGGACUACUAAAGAAUCUGUUGAUUUCCACAGCAAAACAUUCGCUUUUCAUUCAGAAAAAGCUCAUUGCAGUUUUGUGUACUAUAAAAGUAAAUAUCUGUACAUACAUUCAUAAUUAAAGGUGCACUCUGUAUGUGUUUGGAAUGUCCCAGUGUGGCAUUAAAUCUAUCCAUCUUGAAUUUACUCAGUAACAUGCGGUUUUAUGACCCAAAAACAUGCAUUCUUACUGUUCGUGGGCUCACCUCUCCACCAGUCUUACAUGCAACUUGGCCCUGUGGUGUCACCUGCUGUCUCUGUAGAGAUAAAAAAAAAAAAAAAGUAAUACCAUACAGUAGAAUAUUCCAGGCAAUAUCUCCAUGGAGAGAAGCUGGUGACUGACUCUCCACCAGAGAAGUUACACAGUGCUCCUUUAAUGGUGAAAAUCAAAAUUUGACCAGAAUACAUGUGUUAUUGGGAAAAAAACAUAAAUGUUGACCUUUUUAAACCCUCUAAAUGAUGGUAUGUAAAAUGUAAAGGGAAGCCACGCCAUUCUCCAGUGUUAUAAACUGCAUUUCAGUAUUUAGACUGCUCCUCGCCGCCGUCCUCUGAUCAAUCCUUAACUGACCACUCCUCUGCGAUGGAUGAUUAAAACAAAACAUUGUUGACGGUUAGCUGUACAUUUUAAUUUAUAUACUGUAUUGUAAUGUGUAAAAAGCAUAUUGGUAAAGCUGAGUGUAUUUAUUAUUUGAAUGGCAUGUAUCGAGUGAAUGGUUUCGAGUGGAGCUGGUGACUUGACCAGCAAAGCACCUUCUGACAUGAAAAAUCAACUGAUGGAGCUUAAGUGAAGGGUCUUACUGUUCUUAAUGUGUACAUGCUAUUGAAAACACACUAAUCUAUCCUCACUCAGGUGGAUUUAUGUGUGCCACUACAAAUAACAGUGUUAUUUGUGUAGAUGUCAUAUUUUUAGUGGCCAUCGUGUGGCUUUGGUUCACUGUAUGUCAUGGUGAUACAUAAGUUAAAUAAGUAUUGCAUCACUGUAAGUUACACAGAUGUGACCCCCAUGUGCCCUUUAGUUUCCUGUUUAUAUGUAGCAAAUCCUUUUACCCUGUUAGCUGUAUGUUUCACACAAUGUGUUAUCAACUCAACAGCCCAAAAUGAACAAACAUUAAGUGGACUCCUGUAUAUUUUCUUGUUAAGUGCCAAAGAGUCUUCCUUUAAAAACAAUGAAUAUUAUAAAUCUGAUUUUGGCCGCCAUUUUGGUGUACAGUACAUUGUCAUAUAUUUGUAUAAAGUGGAGUUUUAAAUGUAGCCCUCUUGAUCUAUGUAUCUGUUGCAUUGUGAACAGAACCCACAGGUCCACAACAGUUUUGCUUCUACACAAUAUUUGUGAGUAAAUUCUUACUAUGUCCUUGUUUUCAAAUAGAUUGUCAUUAUAAUAUUUUUUCCUAAUGGGGUUUUAAAACAGGAAAGCCAUGAAUCAAUUGGAUUUGUGAUUGGCCUUAUAAGAUGUGGUGCCAUUGUUUGUAUUUGACUAGUUAAAGGUGCAUUGUAAAAAGAGGUAUGUUUGUCGAACUGAAUGCACGCAAGUUGUAGUUUUUCAGUUUGUUGUUGUUCUAUGUUAUAAUGUUGUUUCCUCAUCAAAAACAUUGCCGGACUUGUUUUGUUUCAUUCACACAUGAGUUCUUCUCUCAAAUAGAAAAGACUGUGUUCCACCUUGUGAUGUCAUAUGUUAAUACAGGAAAUGCUCUACUGUGUUAUUCACUUUUCUUAAAAUAAUUUGGAUGAUUUCAGACCUGGAAUUGCCUUUUUGUACUGAACUAAUGGUAAAAGGUAGCUGUAAACUACCACUACAUGACUUCACAAGGUGGAACAGAGGAUUUUGAGCUUUUGAGAUGUAGCCAGACUAAUAAUAACACUUUACUCAAACAUGUGUGAGGCACAACUCUGGGUAUGUUUUUGGUGUGGUAACAACAUUAUAACAUGGUUGUGAAGACUGUGAAUUAAAUUAAAUGGAUGAGGAUGAUAUGGCAAAAAUAAAAUAAUUACAAUGUAGAGCCAAAGUCAAUAUUUCAAUUGUGCAUUCAGAAACAAAGUUCCACAUUGUACCUUUAACUGCACUAGUCAGGCACUCAAACUGGUGUUAAAAUGAUGGGGUCAGUAUAAGAAAGGGACAACCACUGUUGAAGCAGUAACCUGGGUCAUGUUGUACAGAGAGGCAUGUGACUCAGAGCCUUACUGUCUAUGAAGAGAAGAUUAUGAACAGAAGACAAACUACUGACAUUUUGUAAUUACUGGAAUAUAUUCACGUUGCAGUAACAUAUUUUGAAUAAAUUGUAUAUUUUGAGAAUUUAA